CCAGCGCAGUAGACAGUGUAUAGUUGAUGCUUGUUGGGGGCUCUGCCUGCAGCCUGCAAGACUACACACUCUCAGUUCAGGGCACACACACUGUCUACAUUCAAUAAGAGGAGUUAGCAUUAAAGGCAAUAGUAACAAUGAUUCUAUUGUAGAUAUCGUACAUGUCUUGAGGCAGUGCACAUGAAGUUUACUACCCUACAAGCAGCGGCUUGGGUAUGAGUGCGUGCGUGUAAGAGUGCCUAAAUUCGAAGCGAUACUCGCGGAUCGAACCACACGUCCAUUGACGUGUCCGACCAGCCAAGACGAUAAGUGUCGGGAGUUGCUACCAUAGUUUUUGCUAAUUGUAUCAGCUUUCAUGAAUCAUGAUGUGUUUAUCCGUUCUGUUGCAACUUGCACUUGGUGUAUAAGGCUGAACUCUCUCCGCGCGAGUUAGUAGUGUGCACUAGCGCCAUCUAUAUUGUCAAUGUUGUUGAGCUGUGCCGUGCACUGUGCUCCGUAAGUUGAGUGAGCAGCAGCACCAGCAGCGACAGCAGCAGUAGUGGCAGCCAAAAAAGCAUCAGCAACAACAUUGAGGACGACUAGAUAGAAGCUACAGCGACGACGACGUCGACUAUUACGGGGUUCGAGAAUCAGCAGCAACCUCGCCUCGGUAGUGCAACGAUCACGCGCACAUCGAUGAUUGUACGACGACAUGGAUAUAUUCAGAGUAAUAUCAAUUGACAGAUAAUCCAUUAAAGAACUACCAUGUAGAUACGCAAAAAUUAUCUAUGUGUGUCACGCACCAGUAGAUUGCUUGGUGUAAAAGAAUGGCACAACGAGGGAAGAGGAGCAAUAAAAACGACAAUGACUCAGCAUAUAGUCUGGGCCCAAUUAAAAGGAGGAAAUGCAGGGUGGAUUCUUCAGCUACUGAUACACAAAUAUCAGCUGCUACAUUGGGUCCUUCUGAAGAAGAAGAAACAAUGGCCUCGUCCAGUCAAGGAGGGUCAUCAUGGACCCCUAGACCUCAAGAAAGAAUAUCUAACAUAUACAACAGAUCAGUGGCUGAAGCUCCUGCCGAGCUUUAUCGCAAGGAUCUAAUAAGUGCAAUGAAAUUGCCUGAUAGCGAGCCACUUAAUCUCAAUGAUUAUUGGGUUAUUUCUGAUCAGUGGAAGCAAGAGUGGGAAAAAGGUGUUCAGGUUCCUGUAAACCCAGACUCACUUCCAGAACCCACUGUAUUACGCAUUCAAACGCCACCUUCUAGUAGGCUCUAUGGCGAAUUCAAGUUACCAAAAAAGUAUUUAAGAAUCUGCAAAGAUGAAGGAUUUAAUGUUGAGCAUCAUUUUUUGAGUACUACUCCAGCAAGAGCAGAAAAAGCCUGUGGUUAUGAUUUAGAUGAUACAGAUAUUGCUUGGCUGGAAAUUUUCAAUGGAGAACGAGCAAUGUGUGGACAAUCUUCUAUUACUGAGUCACAAUUAGAACGAAUAAUAGAAGAAUUGGAACAUUGUUGCUGGGAUAAAAUUCAAAUUAUAUUAAAGAAUGAAGAAGGUCUAGGAAUUGAAUUUGAUGAAAAUGUCAUUUGUGAUGUUUGUAGAUCUCCUGAUUCUGAAGAAGGCAAUGAAAUGGUUUUUUGUGAUUUUUGCAAUAUUUGUGUACAUCAAGCUUGUUAUGGUAUCACUUCAAUACCAGAUGGAUCAUGGCUGUGCAGAAUGUGUACACUUGGACAGAGACCUGCAUGUGUUUUGUGCCCUAAUCCAGGAGGGGCAAUGAAAUCCACACGUAGCGGGCAAAAGUGGGCCCAUGUAUCUUGUGCGUUGUGGAUUCCUGAAGUUAGUAUAGGCUGUGUGGAAAAAAUGGAACCCAUAACUAAAAUAUCCAGUAUUCCGCAAAGCCGAUGGGCUUUGAUAUGUGUACUUUGCCGAGAACGUAUUGGUGCUUGUAUACAAUGUAGCAUAAAAACGUGCAAAACGGCUUAUCACGUUACAUGUGCUUUCAAACAUGGUCUCGAGAUGAAAGCUAUCAUUGAAGAUGAACAAGCAGAAGAUGGCGUUAAACUAAGAUCAUACUGUUUGAAGCACAGCAAAUCAAAUGUUAAAGAUAAACCUAGCAGCGGAGGUGGUGGAAACGGAAAUGAAAAGGGCAGCUCUGAUUCUGAUGAAGGUGAAGUUCGUAGAAGAAAACGUAAAGAUAUGAGUUCGGAAGAAAAAACUCAGGCUCGUGCUGCAAAAUUACAAGAAAUUGAAGCAAAAUUUUAUAAGCACGUGAGUUUAAAAGAUGUUUCAGCUCAGCAAUUAGAGGUAGACUUAGAUGCCGUCAUAUCCGUUUAUAAUUAUUGGAUACUCAAACGAAAGUCUGGUCAUAAUAAACCUCUGCUACCACCUCGCUGUGGAGAAUUAUCUGGUGCGGGACUUCGAGCCCAAGGUAAAGCAGCAGAUAAUGAAAAAAUGCGAAAAUUCGUACAGUUAAGACAAGAUCUAGAACGAGUACGAAAUCUUUGUUAUAUGGUGAACAAACGAGAAAAACUUUGUCGUACUUUCUUACGUCUACGUGAACAAACUUUUUACAAACAAGUGCUUAUUGUUGAUUUGCCUAAUCUACAUUCGUCAACACUCUCAGCAGUUCUUGCAGCUAAUCAUGGUCCUUCAAUAUAUGAUCACCUUUAUUCGCAUGCUGAUGCUGAUCACCAUAACCGUAGUGUUGAAUCAUUAAUUGCUUGUAUAGAGAAUUCUGAUGUACGGGGAUUUUCUGGUACAAGUGACAGUGCAAAACAUGAACCUAAUUUUAAUGGUGCAAAUAAUAAAUCUUUGCAUUUUAAUGGAUCAGCUUCUCAUAAAAAAAUCGGCAAUUCAAAUCCCUCAGCAGCAAGUGAUGAAAGUGAAUCUGAACAAAAACCCAGUAAAAGUUCACUGGUUGUUAAAUCUGAUAAAAAAAUGCCUAUCAAGACACACAUAAAAAAUGAAACCGAUUCAAGUUCUGACAGUGAAGGAAAGGGCUCUAUUGUUAAAAGCAAAAUUAAUUCAAAACGAAAAUCUCGAAAACUUAUUGAAAAAGAACGUUUAAGAACAUCUUCACGAAAAAUCUUUGAUGAUAGUAGUGAAAGUGAUGCAAAAAAUGUCAAAGUGGCUUCUGGAUCUCGUACACUUCAACAUAUGGAACUUGAACUUGGAAGCGCAUCAGGUAGCGACUCAGAUGAACUGAUAACUAUCCGCAAUAAAAGUACUACAUCUCACAUCGCAGCUACUGCAAUGGCUAAUAUCUAUUCAGACACAGAUGAAUCUUCUCUUGAUCGCGUUUCUGUACGUUCAAGUCGUAAAUCUAAUCUCAAUCUCUCUGAUCCGAAUAUUAAUUCAAAAAAGAAAGAUGAAAGUAAACUUAAUAUUACAAAAGAUGGUAAAGACAAAAAUUUGAAAGAAUCGUUAUUUGAUGAAAUCACAAAAGAACCAACUUCAAAAAGCAAAGACAAGUCAACGACAAAAAAUAAAGAAAGUAUCGCAUCUGCUCUUAUUGUUCCCCAACGACAAGCCGCUAAAAAAGCUUCUGAAAAUAUCCAGCGCUCUCAUAAUAAAAAAGAAUUAACGUCCUCAUCUGCGCCAAGUGAUUCUUUGAUGGAUAGUAAACCACUUAUUGAAAAACCGCUUGUCAAGGGCUCAAAAGAUAGUAAGGAAUCUAAGCUAUCGACAAUAUCUACAACAAAUAAAAAAUCUAAAUCAGAUGGAAAACAAUCUUCAAAAGAUUCUAAAACAAUAAAUAUCAAUGAUACCGAAAAAGAGGUUGGAGACUCCGCCGACGUUAUAUCAUAUGUACCGCAAAGAAAAGCAGCAAAGAAAGCAGCUGAGCAUAUUAAAAGUGGAAUUAGUUCUAAAUCAAUAGUUCCAAUUACUGAAAUAGAUACGUUUGAUAACAAAUUGAAAAAAGAAUCGGCCGAUAAUUCUAGUAAUACAAAUAGAAAAAAGAAUGAGACAAAGAAAGAAGAUGGUGCUAUAAAAGAAGAAGUUUCAAUCACGCAAAAGAAAUCUGUAAAAAAAUCACCAUUAAGACUCUCAUCCGAAUCAUCCAGCACUAGUAGUUCUAGCAGUAGUUCCAGCAGCUCUAGUGAUAGUAGUGACACCGAUGAUUCAAAGAGUCCUGAGCCACCUACAAAACAUGAAAGCAAAACGAAAGAGCAUUCGUUAUCUUUGAGCAGCUCGAGUGACAGUGAUUCUAGUCCACCUUCGAGUACUCAUUCCAAAAGCAACAUCUCUUCACCACGAAGUCGGCGAAACAUCACCAAAAUAAUUGAAAAUAAAUUACUGGAAGAGAACUCUUCUAAAAGUAGUCCGAUUUCAUCUUCUUCGGUGACGGGACGGAAACUCAAAAAGCUGCCAGAUAAGAAGCUUAAAACUUCCGACGGGCGGCAUGGACACGAGUUUCAGCCGCCGUGUAUUGAAAAAGAUGAACCGAACCGAAGAGUCACCACAGCUCUUCACAAGGACGAUGCUAAAACGACUGACGAACAGUUGUCGUCCACUGUCGCCAGUAAACAUAAAUCUACCUUCGAGCUCAAAGAGCCUAGUUCUAAAAGGUCAGAAGUCAUUCAAUCACAGCAGCAGCAACACCAUACCGAACAACAACAGCACGAGUCACAAAUUAAGGCUGAUGAAAGUUUGUUCAGUGGGUCUCGAGAUAAUGAUGGGUCACGAAAUAUAUUUGGGGUCAAACUUUCUAAAAAACCCACCCAAGUCGAUGAACAACAAUCGUCCAAGCAACAUUCGCCCCAACAAACACCUUCCCAUAAGAAUAUCAAACAAGAAACCUCAAACACGACAAGGUCAAAAACCUCAGAUACUCGCAAGCGAAAACCGAAUAGUCAAGCAAUGCAAAAAGAGGAAAAAGAUAGCUGUAGCAAGGAUGCAUCUCAGAUCAAAAAGGUUGAGAAAAAAUUGAGCACCAAAUCGCGUGAUAACCAACCAAGCUCUUUUAUUGUUGACCAAGAGUGCGUAAACACUGAUAAAAUUAGUGCGAUUGUGCCUUUGCAAAAGAAUGCAAGUUCAUCAGUUGAAAGUUCUUCUCCUAGAAGUCGAGCAAAGAAAACAAUUAGUCAGUCAAGUGUUGUUACCCUAGAAGAAGAAAUGCAGCAACGCAGGGCUGAACGUGAUAGCCCUCGAAAAUCUUCAAGAGGUUUAGAUAAAUUAUUAGAAAAAUGCGAGCAUCUAGAUAAAUUAACCAAGUCAAAAAAUGUAACUGAGAAUAUAACAAGUACUGAUAAGUACAAAUGUAAUUCUACGAAAACAGAAAAUGAUUUUAAAAGUCAUAAAAAAGAUCUUUUUGAUACACCAUUAGCUGAAAGAUUGGGUCAAAACAAUAAAAUAACCGAAGCAAAAUCUGAUGUUUCAACGAGUAAUGCAGAAAGUGGUGAAAUAUAUAAACAACAGCCGCAUAAGGAUGUUAGUGAAAAUUGGGAUUUAAAACCUUCCCUUGAUAAAUUUGACUCUACGAACGAUGAAAAAGAGAAUAGCAAUAAGAGACGUAGAUUUAUCAAUCGAUCGAUUUUUUCACCGCAACACAGUAGCGGAAAAGAUCCAAGUGUAUCAGAUUUGUUUGAUUUUGAUCAAGAUAUUUUGAAUGACGACAUAGUUAACGAUGACGGCUUUACUAUACCGCGAGAUUCUGAAGAACGCAAUGCGUCGCUCUCCUUUUCUUUCAACAGUGAUUUACUAUUCAAAGAGGAAAUAAAAGAAGACAGUGCUCGAGAAACUUUAAAUCUCGUUGAAAAGCUUCGCCUCGAAAUGUCGAAAAAAACAAAUUCUAGUCACAUUGAUGCAGAUAAAAAUUUGGUCGAUAUCAAGCUUAGCAGUCCAAAUUUGCCUACACAGCAAACGAAUCCAGAAGUCGAACAAAUAAUAAAAACACCUUCAGAAGCGGUCGACAUAGAACUGCUGAAAGCAGAUGCACCAAAAAAAGUUGAUCGGGUACCGGAACCGGAGCGAUCGAAACAAUUAGAAACUAAAAGUUGUUUUCCAAAUAAUAAUGAAACAUCAGCUCACUAUGUUCUUUUUGGAAAUCAAGAUACUAGUGGAAAAGUUUCAAUGGUCGAUAGGGCUAAGAUGGAUCGAGCAGAGGCUGAUGAGCGAUGGGUUCCACCAAGUAAUAUUGACAAUUUCAAUUUAACAGAACCGUUGAAUACAUUAGUAGAGAAUCAGCGUUACGGGAUGGCCACCCAGUCCUUUUCUAAUGAUUUAAGUUCGUCAAUUUUAUCUCAAGAAAAUAAUAAUACUUCAACGCUCGUUCACUCGCAGUUACAGCACUUGGAUGUGCAAGAACAGCAAUAUAUGCUACGAGCUCCUAACGUCGGAAUGGAUGCACGAGCUGGUGAACAAGCUACGAAUCGACUUGUUCAGAAUCUUCAGAAUUUGGCUUCACUCGUAGAACAGCAAGUUGGAACAUUGCCUUCGCAUAUUGUCGACGAAAUUACACCCUUAGAAAUAGUUAGUCGGCAUCUUGCUGGAUUACCUGGAGCACAGAGUGGAUCCCUUACUGCAGGUAUUUUAACGCUUGACGAUGUGCCAAAAAGUGAAAUCGAGCGCUCUCUUGAUAAAGAUUCGAUUGGUACUGAACUCACGCGGCAAGAUUAUCCAAACCAAAGCUCGCCAUUCAAUGACGUUACAGCUGUUCGCCAUGGUCAAGACACUCGCUGGGCUGAGAGCCAAGUUCUUCCAUCGCGACGUUCAACUUCUUCAUCUAUUACCUCAUCAUCAUCCGUUGAUGAACAUUCGGGAAUCUCACCGUAUGAAGGCCCAGUUGUAAGCAGCACAGUUGGUUUUCCUCCUUGUCAGCUAGACUCUUACACUGGAUUCGACCAACAACCUUCGAGUCAGCCUCAAAACAGCUACGCAGGAGCACCGGUAUCGCUUUUUGCAGCUCAGAGUUCGACAAACGCACAGCUACCAUAUUCCUCGCCAGGCUCUGCACUUUUUCCACCUCCUUUCGGUGCGCCAUUCCCUGGAACAACGCAAAAUAUGAUGCAGUCUCAUGUUUCUAAAGAGCAACAGCAACAACAACUUGGCGUGCCUCCAUGUACUGCAGCAUUCACUUCAUCUCAGCACAACUUGGCUUUUACAGCGGCAAUGGUUUCACCGAGUAAGCUACCUUCUCCGGAGCCUGCUCGAGAUCUCUACGUACCCUCGAUUGAGGAAGCGCCACAGCCAGCGGUCCCACCACCGCUAUCAUUGCAGCAACAAUCUCAGUUGCCUUUACAUCAGCCAGCUCAAAUCACGGAGAGUCCAGCUGCCGCUGUGGCUGCGGCCUUUUUAGAUAGCGUCGUAGGACCUGAUGCAACUGCCGAUUUAAUUUCAAAUACUCCAGCAUGUAAUGAGCAAAGUAGGAGUCCUGCUAAAAGUACACCCACUCAUGGCAAGCGCUCACCGUCUAAGCCAACGCGUACUUCCGCACGAGUUACUUCGCUUCAAGCCAAGUCUCCUGGUAAGUCACCUCGUCAGCAAGUCGAGCCAUCGACAAAAAAUAAUACAGCUAGUGGUCGAGGUCGAACUCGACCUAACAAAUCUCAGCAAGCUUCUGGACGAGGUAGAGGACGUGGACGAGGUCGUGGUCGGCCCCGGUCGUCUUCGCAACAUAAUAGCUUACUUUUGACAGAUGAUUCCAUUCAGCAUAAACUUCAAGGUAGUGUUUACGAUUUCGAUUCAGAUGAGGAUUCUCCGGCUGAGGCUAACAUAGCCGAUUUACGCACCAUGCGUGAGAGGAAAAAGUCAAUAGAAUUAUCAGGAUCUAUCGGCAGUGAACGACGCGAUAGCUUAAGCAGAGAAACCUUCAGUAGUCCAGCAGAAGCGCAGGCAAUUCUACGUCCACCAUCUUUGCCUGGAGACGAUUCGAAUUUGUGCGGUGAAUCCGUUGUCCUUCCAGAGCCUGCGAUGCCUGCACUUUUACCAGGACUUGCGGAAGUGCGUACCUAUAAUGCCACAACAAAUGUUGAACAUUCUUUUAGUAGUCAUCUACUGGGACCAUAUCGAGAGCCAGUCGUCGACGAAAAAAGUGUACUCAAUAAGCGCCAACCUGAAACAGACUUUGAGACUGGUGAACCCGGAAAGCUAUUAAAAGUCAAGAUUAAAGGUCCAUUUUUGGAUGCCAGCUAUGGCGCAGCAGUUGUAGCAAGUACACCUACACAAACUUUAACUCAACCUCUAGUUCCACCUACACCGAUUGCAACUUCAGGAACAUCGAGUUUACGACGCAUGCGUAAAAAAGAACUUUUACGUCAAUACUGCUCUCAGGAUAUGAAUAUGAAUGAUCCAGCAGGAGCUGGAGUACCUUCGAUUCCUCCAAGUCUCCCGCCUAUUAAUCGAACAGUUAUUACUAUUCCUAAGGCGGUUGCAUCUAUGACAAGCAUUCCAACUAAAGAAGAUUAUAAAGCUGUGGUUGAUCAGGCUAACAUGGAAAAAGAUCUAGACAAAAAACGGCGCAGAGAGCGUGCUCAUCUGGGAAAUUAUGCCCAAGACUCGUCCGACGAGGAUACGUCAACAGCUAUUCAGAAUCCGGCUCAACAACAACCAACUGUUGCGGGUUCUGAACGUCGACGUGGAUCUAGUGCCAGUGGAAAUAGUGGUAAUGAGCGUCGCCGUGGAAGACAGCCAAGACCUAUCAGUCAAGGUCCUGCUACAACAAGGACUAUAGCCACACCUGUUACUGGAAGCGGUGCUCAUCCAAAGCUGAAGAUAAAAAUUGGUCAAUUUGGAGCAGAGCCUACUACCGAUGAUCGUAGUAGUAGUCGGCCACCGAAAAAACGGCUUAGUAGUAUUCCUAGCAGCAAUAACUCCGAUGAAGUUAUGGAAGAAUUGAAGCGCGAAAGUCUUAAGUUCCGUCGUCAAAUUAUGAUGGACUUCGAAGGUAAUGACGCUCCUGCGAGGACAUCAAAACCUAAACGUGACAAGAAGGAUAAAAAUGGUAAACGCAAGAAGAAAGCGAGCCGUGACAAAGAAGGACGCGUUGAAUUUUUAGCUGAUGGAACAGCCACGCCAAAACUCAUUAUUCGUUUGGGUAAAAGUGACGCUGAUGCGGCAAUUGAGGUUUCGGGUAAUUCCAGGCCGUGUAGUGCACCACCUAUACAGGAUACAACAGCAGCGCGGUUAACUGCUGCCCCUUCCAUCAGUGAAGACCAAGUGAAUAAAUCCGAAAUCGGUGCAGCGAGUCACGCUGCUUCUGAUAGUUUAGAAAAAAUUGAGAAACCUGAGCAUUCAUCAGUUAGUGCACUUCGAAAUGUGCGCGGUGCUAAAGUUUCUCCUAUUCGGCUAAAAUUAACACGUUGUCAGGAAGGCUAUGAACUCAAGUCGGCAGCAGAGGCGGCUGCUGAUGGCAAAACAAAAAUAUCUGAUGAUACACCUGCAAAUAUUCAAAUUACAGAACGACCGGAACAUUUUAUUAAAGAUAAAUCAAUAACUGUAGCAUCUAAUAAGGGUGAAAACUCGACGCAGUCGGACGCUGCAGCAAUAUCAACACAUGAUUCAUCUGGGUGUCCACCAGCCCGAUUACCUCAAGGUUGCCAAGUUAGGUAAUAACUAUUCAUAAUUGUAUAAAACAAGAUCAGUACCAAGACAAUGUGAUGUACAUAUUAUAUUUAUAUUUAUAUAUACUUACAUCGGGCGCGCCUCCUCCUUGUGUUUUUAGAUAUAGAGUUUACUUGUAAACUAAACUACUUUUAAAUUCAUAUAUUGCAUUUUUUUAAAUAUGUAAUAUACAGUUUGGACGAUGGAAUUGUUUAAAAUAUCAAUUUAGUUAUUCAAGUCGAAGUGUUAGUUGUUUUCGAUACUAUUAAUGUUCUAAAAAUAUCGAAAUUGAUCCGAUUCUCUACUAAGAUGAAAAAUUUAUUAUAAAAAAUGACUAUUCAAGGCUUGUAAUAAACGCAGAGUAGUAGCGAUAAUCUUAGUUGCUGUAAAAUGCAUGCUACAAUUAUUUUUAUUCUUAUUUUUGCUGUGAAAUAUUUAAUUUUUAUUUAAAGUUAUAUUUUACUAUUUCAAUUCGAAUGUAAUGAUAACAGUCUUUUGUUUAAAUGUUCAAUUUAUUUACUUUCCGAAUAUCUCUUUAAAUAAUUUUCAAUUAUUCAAAUUUCCUAUAGUACGAAUAUUACCUUUAAACUCUCGUAGCAAUCGACUUCAGAAUAAGUUCUAAAUUUGAACAAAUACCAUAAUUUUAAAGCUUUCUUUACCCGUAAUAUCUCAAUGAGGAAUAAUUGAAAUGUAUCGUUGUAAAAAGUAUCUCUUUUUUUUUAAAUUUCGAAAAUUUACAUUCAUGAAAAAGUAAGUAAAAAGAUGUCAUCUAUUUUUUACAUCCUCAAAGAUGAUGAUUUAAUAAUUUUUACACCGACUCUCUUUAAAUUUUUAAAAGUACACAAUUUUUUAAAUUAAUCAAAACCAA